AUGAUCUCGGUGAAAGUGACGACCAACAGGGAAAGCAGUGAUGUCGCUGGAUUCGAAGUUAUAUCAUUCAAAGCUGUCGUACUGGUGCCAGCAAUCAAAGUUCGAUCACUUCCAAUGAUUUUCAAAAAGAAGGAAGUAAUGAAGAAAGUCAGGAUCGAAGGCGAAGACUGUGCCAGUAAACAUUGGAUGAUUCGUACAUUCAAAUGGAAACACGAGCAAUGGAAGCCGGCCAAGAAUAUCUCUGCCAAGUUUCAAGGUUGGGGAUGGUUCAGGGUCAGUGUCGGAGACGAUCUCGUUCCUCAUCCAGCGGAUCGGCUCGGUAUUAUGUGUUCUGAAGGAGAUUGCCAUUAA